GACCGAGACUGACAGAGCAGAUCCUGUGAGAGAGUUUGGAACAGAGAAAAGGAGCCUGACCUUUUACCUAAACUCUCUCUACCUGUGAGGGACUUCCUGAGCAGCACACCAGCAACAAAAAAGCUGUUUCUUACUGGAUUACAAAACCAGGAUUUCUCUCUAAACUCAAGGUUUAUCAUGAAGCUCAUCCUGUUGACUGUGACCGUGCUACUCCUGGUGGUGGGAGAAGGCACUGCAGACAGAAUCCUUUCCAGAAGGACCAAGAGGGAGCUUGCCAGUCCACUUCAUGUUGGCGGCAUCAGAGACCCAUUCGGCUCCUACUGCCAGAGACGAGGAGGCUGCUGUCCUGGCAGGGACGACCUGUGCACCGUGCCGUACCUGGACACAAUCUGCUACUGUGACCUGUUCUGCAACCGCACGGUGUCCGACUGCUGCCCCGACUUCUGGGGUCACUGUCUUGGCGUGCAGCCGCCUUUCAUUGGCACCUGUGAAAGAAAUGGAAACACGUUCUUGACGGGGCAGACAUACAAAGAAAAUUGCAAUUUAUGCACAUGUGGGACUUCUGGACGUUGGGAGUGUGAGCAGAACGCCUGUCUGAUUGAGCCGGACAUUAUCCAAGCUGUCAACAGAGGAAACUAUGGGUGGAGGGCAACUAACUACAGUGAGUUGUAUGGCAUGACUUUAAACGAAGGCAUCCGCUACCGACUGGGCACACAAAGACCAUCAAGAACAGUCAUGAACAUGAAUGAGAUUCAGAUGAACAUGGAUCCUCAGACCGACAAUCUGCCGCCUUACUUCAAUUCAGCAGAGAAGUGGCCGGGGAAGAUUCACGAACCGCUGGAUCAGGGCAACUGCGCUGCUUCCUGGGCCUUCUCAACAGCAGCUGUGGCAUCAGACAGAAUCUCCAUCCAGUCUAUGGGCCACAUGACUCCUCGGCUGUCUCCCCAAAAUCUUAUUUCCUGUGACACACGCAACCAGGGAGGCUGUGCCGGAGGACGCAUAGAUGGAGCCUGGUGGUAUCUUCGGCGUAGGGGAGUUGUGACAGAAGACUGUUACCCAUAUCAACCUCCGCAACAAACGCCGGCAGAGGUGGGUCGCUGCAUGAUGCAGAGCCGCUCGGUUGGACGGGGGAAGAGGCAAGCCACGCAGCGAUGUCCCAACACGCAAAACUACCACAACGACAUCUACCAGUCCACGCCGCCCUACAGGCUCUCAUCCAAUGAAAAGGAGAUUAUGAAGGAGAUUAUGGAUAAUGGCCCCGUGCAAGCUAUUAUGGAGGUCCACGAGGACUUCUUUGUCUAUAAGACUGGGAUCUACAAACACACAGAUGCCAGUUUCACUAAACCACCGCAAUACCGCAAACAUGGCACACACUCAGUCAGGAUCACCGGGUGGGGAGAAGAGAGAAAUGUUGAUGGAACAUCAAGAAAAUAUUGGAUUGCUGCCAACUCCUGGGGAAAGAACUGGGGUGAAAACGGCUACUUCCGGAUCGCUCGUGGGGAAAACGAGUGUGAGAUUGAAACAUUUGUGAUCGGCGUGUGGGGCAGAAUCUCAAUGGAAGACAUGCACAACCACCAUCACCACCAUCACCGCAGGCACAUUUAAAGACACUGCAGAUCUUAAAACCCUAUUAAAACCUGUAUUAUUGUCCAAACUACAGUUGGUCUUUCUAUGCAGCUGCGUCGCAGGCCAUCGCAUCCCCUCUACUUGCCAUAAAGUGAGCUCUAGUCCUCUGUUUUUACACCUUAGUUUCCUCUGGGGAUCGAUACAGAACCUUGCUCUCCACCCUCUGUAGCCUUUUAAUAGAACGACCAUGUAUCUCAAGAUUCAUGGCACCAAAAACUAAGACAAACUAAGCUAAAGUUCUUUUACUUUGCCUUGCAAUCAGGCAACUCAGGUACCUACUGCUCCAAAGACCACACAUCCCAGAAUCCCCAGUAUAAUAUCUGGUGAAGCAUUAUCAUGUCUGGUGACGAAGGAUGUGAUCUUUUUAUUCUUCAGUUUUUUAUAACUCAAACCCUGUAAUAACCAGACAGGCUCGGAAAAGAGGGAAUCUGAGAGCUAAAGUACCAGAUGUCAGACACCUUUAGAAAGACACACCCUUCUAAACCAUGUAACUCAAUAAUAUAUCACUGAUGACCUUACUGACAUUUACCUGUCAGCUAAACAGAGGCGUAGCUUGACCCGUUGUCUUGUUUUCAGAGAGGGCACUUGUAAAGAGUAGUAGCUGGAGGCUGUAGGGUUUCUCACACAUUCCAGUAAAAAGGUAGAAUCUGACACUGGAAACACAAGGUGACUUAAAAGUGUAAGAUUACAAGGAAAGUCACAGUUCCUCCUAAAACUAUGAAAUCUUUUAAAGAAAUAUCAAUGAAACAGGCACAAUCCUGGCUCUUUAGUACGCUACUAGCAAGUGCUUAAAUCAUCAUUUAUAUAUUUUUACUCCUCCUUAUUAUGUCAUUUAUAAAUACAGAUGUGUUAACACCAUGCACAGAUAUCACUGCUGGUAAUAAGCAUAAUUAUACUAAUGAUCAUAUCAUAAUAUAUAUAUUAUAUUUACUAUAUAAAUGGUGAAUCAAGCACUUUCUAAUACCUUCUUAAUCCUGAAUAGUGUGACAGUAUUAAAAAGCGUGACCAAAAUGCCAAGUUUUUGAGUUUUGAGCUACUAAGUCAAACUUAUUUGUCUUUUGUUUUUUGUUUUUUGUUUUUUUGUGGCAGAGAUAAAAUUAGGUUAAGUCUCUGUGACAGUUAUUAAGAUUUAAAAAGCCAUGCUGCUUUCCCCAGUCCUAAUAUUUUACUAAAUUAAAAACUGAUGUCUGCAGAGAGUAAAGAUUGUAUUACUUAAAAAAAAAAA